CUGGGAGGGCAGCACAUGAGUUUCGAGGGUAAAUAAUAAAAAAUGUUUUGGAAGUAUAAUCAAACAUCUCCUCAGAUUGAUACAGUUCUGUUCAAGGAGGAUACUACCUUGAAUGAAGUAUUGGAUCAGGAAAACGUAUUACAAGAAUUGAAAUCUCAGAACAAAAAAUUAAUUGAGUUCGUUACAAGAGCUGAUAUAUUGAAUCAGUUAGUAGGUUUUGUUACUGAAGAACCUAGUGAGGAACUUGAAGAACACGAAAAGUAUAGACGUCCUAAUCUUGCCUGUGAAGUUUUGACUACUGAUAUUCCUAUAUUAAAUGAGAGGCUAUCUGAUAAAGCUUUACUAACUAAGUUAUAUUCCUUCUUAGAGAGAGAACCUCCUUUGAAUCCACUUUUAGCCUCUUUCUUCAGUCGAACAUUAAGUAUGUUGAUAUGCAGAAAAGCAGAUCAGCAUUGGUAUUCAUAUCAGUUUACAUGUCUUCAAGUGCUGGAUUUCUUGAAGACAAAAGAAAAUAGUCUUAAUCUGUUGCUUAAACAUUUAGAUACAUCCGCAGUUAUGGAUUUUACAUUUAAACUUAUCACACAAAUAGAAGGAAAUGAAAUGCAGCAAAACUUAAUUAGUUGGCUUGAAAGUGAGGAACUUAUUGAAAACAUUAUUGAAUUGUUUGAUCCUAAUGUAGAUGAAGGAAGACACUAUAAUGCAGCCCAACUUCUCUGUGAUACAAUUAGAAAAUGUCGAGAAAUAAAUGAAAGAAAUGAUCUUGGUCCAAUACUCUCAAAAAUUCAAUCACCUGAAAUGAUUAAAAAAAUGCUUGAUAAAAUGCUUAGUGGUGAACAUGUUGAAAGUAGUAUUGUGGGUGGAAUUUCAGUUCUUCUUACAUUACUGGAACCUCCUCCAAAUACAGAUCAGCUCAAUAGGAGAGGAGCUUAUAAUAACAUUGAAGACAGUGGUUCAGGUGAGCCUCCUCCUACACCUAACCCAGCUCUACCAUCAAUUAUAUCUUCUAUUUUACCGUACCUUCCUGCCUUGCACAAUCUGCUCGUAAAUCCACCACAGAGCCGUUUUGAGUCAUAUGAAGCAUUUGAAACUCUUAGGUUUGAAUUGCCAAGUUAUGCUCCUAUUCAAUCUCCAUUAGGAAACACAAGACUAACAGUAAUUAAAUUUAUAUCUGCACUUAUCUCUACUAACACUCCUGAAGUUAAUGAAGCACUGAAUUCACUUGACACAGUUCACGUUUUACUUGAUCUCUUUUUUCAUUAUACAUGGAACAACUUUUUACAUUCUCAAGUUGACAGGUGUUUAGCUUUUGCAUUGAAUGGUGGAUCGGAAUCCAGCAACAACCCUUUGAUACACAAUAUAUUUAUCAAAUGCCGGCUAUUGCAAAGGAUUCUGGAAGCUUGGAAAGAAAAUGAAAAUGAACAAAAUAAGGUUGGUGGCAAACGACGAGGUUACAUGGGUCAUCUUACCAAUAUUGCAAACUCUGUGAUAAAACAAGAAGAUCUCACUUAUUUUAUUAAUGAGAAUAUUGAUCAAGAAACUGUUAUGUAUUGGGAAAAGUUUGUCGAAAACACACUUCAGCCUAUCAAUGUUCUCCAUCAGCAAUUCCUCGGUGGCAAACAUCCUGCUCAUAUUAAUAAUAAGGAUGAUGAUUUAGGAUACAGGGAUGCCAAUUUCUCAACAGAAUCUAUCAAUCAGAGCAUCAGUGAGUUUGGAACAAAUGCAGCUCUCACUAGCAAUUUUAUUGAAAACUUUGCAUCUUUUGAUGAUCGUAAAAAUUUAAAUUCACAGGAUGAUAGUGAUAAUGAUCAAAAAGCAGAAAUGUUCAAAAAAAUUUGCUCACAGAAGAAGGGUUUUGAAGACAUGGAAACUACGAUGGAAGAGGAAGACUCUUGGGAUUACAACUUGUGGAAUAACUCAGAAGAUCAUUCAAGCAGUUCUGAUGAAGAAGAUAAGAUACUAACAAGCCCAAAAGAAAAGAACGACUCAGCUGGGGCCUUACCUCUGGUAGAACAAGUAGAUCCUUGGAGUGAAACAAAAAGAACUGAUAACAUCUCUAAUGAAGAAGGUUGGGCAGAUUUCACAUCUUUUGAUGUACAGUUUGAAGCAGUUCCUGAAUCACAUCAAAUUGUUACAGAUAAUAAAGAGCCUGAUAUUGCAUCUGCUGUUCAAUCUCAACAAAUGAGCUUAAGUCAGUUCGAUGGAGAAGAAAGUUGUAAUAGGAACAUUAACGCUAAUGAUUUAGUUUUGGAGGAUGUUCUUCCAGAAGAAGACCUAAUUGAUAACUUUAGGUUUCUAUCUAUACAAGGUAUGAUUUCUGAGAAAGUGAAUACUAAUGCUGUUAGCGAAGACAACACAACAGCGGUGAAAAAUAUUGAACAAGAAUCCAAAGAAACCAAGCACAAAGAGAGCAGGACACCGUGUGAAGCCCAUGAAGCGGAUCCUGUUUGAUAUUGGUGCUUUCACCACCCUUGCAUAUCAGCUGUACUAUUCAUCAAACCCUGUGAUCAUAAUUCCAUUAUCCUCAAUUAUAAGUUUAUUAUACUGUGUACAUUUCUUUUAUAGGCUAUUGAUGAAAGUAAUAUUACAAGUGAUACUAUUUUUUCUUUCUUUUUUUUUUUUGUCAUGUUUUUUUAAGUUCUCCAUCCAUUAAAGAAUUGUAAUUUUUAGGAUUUAUAAUUUAAAAAUGAAGUGCAAAUAAUGAGAUUUAUAAUUAUAUAUGUAUUUG